AUUUGAACAAAUAUGUCUCGAACACACCCAAUUGUAAAAAUUGAUAUAAAUAUAAAAACACUGCCGUCCGCUUUCAUUUCAACUCCGUACCAUCUGUCGUCCCUCUGUCUUCCUCUCUGCUAUCCGCCGAGUACCGCGCUAGAGGCCAAAGAACUCGACUCCUCUCCUUCUUCCGUCCUGCCUCCCAGGUAACUUCUCCACAAAACUCUCACAACCUCCCUGAUUGUUAAUGCAGGGGCACUCGAUCAUCAGCCAUGCAUCAUCUUGAGGUGUUUAUUUUUUGUGUUUUAGUGUAGUUAACGGUUUGUAUACUUUUUUAGUUGUGUCCUUUGUCUUCCUCUGCUUUCGUGAACCACUUGUAGUGAAUAAGUCUGUGGCCUUCGCAUCAUUUAUUUUGCAGCUCUUUUGUUGUGCUAUGUUUUUUUUUGUUUUUCAUUGAUUAUUUGGACUUGUAUUUGUUUAUUGUGUACAGCUUUAUGGAUUUGCUAAGCAAUUGUGUCGUCCAAUCUGCUAAAGAUGCAUGUGGGAAGGAAACCCUCACAUACUAUGUCAACACAGUCCAUGGGCGUAGGAUUGUUGCUGCCGUGCUUACCCGCACCAGUGAAGGGGAAUAUGAAUGUACUACGGGUGCAGAUUGGAAGCACUUUUUGAUGGCUACUGGCUACUUCAAGCGUAUGCCAAAACGUUUCCGAACCAAAGCUGAAGUUGAGCACAAACUCGGCCAUUUUAUACGCAGGGGUACCUCCAUGCCCUUGAUCACAGGUUGUUUCUUUGAGAUGAUUUGUUGUGCCCUAUUUCCCAGUCUUUAUUGAAACAAAACUCCUCAUGCCAUCUGUGUUCAUUUUGUCUUGUAUUUAAUUGCUGUUGUUUGACCUUUAUAGCGUGUCCAAAGACUAUUUCGGUUCAUUUCCCGGAUGUAAUGCAAUUCACGAUUGUUUGGUUUCUCUUCAAAGCCACUGAUCUUGAAUUUGCUAAAAUCCCUGUAUGCAUGCAUCGACAUCUGUUUGAGCAUGCCAAGCUCUACGCUCGUCUGAUUUAUGGUGCUGCAACCUGGACAGUCAAGGUUGAAGACUUCUCUUUCACAGAUGGCUUUCCUGAGUUUCUAAUAGAAAAUAAUGUUGAAUGCGGCACAUACAUGCUCCUCCGACACAUUGGCAACUUCACAUUUCAAGUGCUGAUGUUUGAUGACCUAGGGUUCUCUUUGAACCUUGCUGGACCACCAAGUGGGUCUUCCAUCACGUCAGAUAAGCCAGAUGAUUUCAUGGUCUACGUGGAGUCCUGUGUUCCGGAUUGCACAUACAGGCAACUGUACCUACCUGCAUCUUUUCUGUAUGUACGUGGCCAGACAUCUAAGGUACAUGUACUUUUCCAUUACUUGGUGGCUUUAUAGUGUUGUUUUUCACUCUUGUAUAGUUAAGUUUUUUUAAUUACUUAGCCUAACUAAGAGCAAAACGGAGCUAACAACAGCUUUAUCAAUCAAUACAUAGGUUAUUUGAAAAAUGGAAAAUAACCAUUACACUUUCUUUGCCUUUCUUGCUUAAAUCAUGUACACCCAUACUUGCUUGCAAAGUAACGCACCACAUUCAUUGUUCUCCUUGAAAAUCCUUAAACUGUGUUCUUCAUAUUCAAUGCAGAAAUGCUGUGAAGCGUUUUUAAGGUCAUGUACGAACAUGAGGGGCACUCUGCAAGUGCACUUUGGCAAGGAGGAUGCAUGUUUUGGAAUUGCGAGAGAACGGAUGUUGCGCGAUAUUCAGGUGACCUUUGGGCUCAAACGCCGGUGCGCCCUAGCCUUUGUUAAGUAUGGCCGUGGGAUGGCAAUGCUAAUCGCCAUUUCAACAUGUGGGAUUGAAGAACCCCCUAGCCGCGCAAAAAAAUAUGACAUCUCCAGCCCUGUAUUCUGCAACGACUCUGGCCCUUCCUCGUGAUUGUUGAUCAAACUGUUGCUCUUUUGGUUAAAUGGUUGUAGGUGGAUGUGAAUGAAUGUUCUGUGGGUCCCAUUUUUUGUCAUGCCGCUCAAACUAGACUUUGAAUUAGAACAGUGAUGGUUG